UCCGAUAACUAUUACAACGGAUUUUGAAAGUGCUCUUGCUUCAGCUAUAAGACUCAUCUAUCCUGAGGCUACUCAUAUUCGAUGCUGGUUUCAUUUUUGUCAGGCUUUAAUGAAAAGAAUGAAAAAGUUGAACCUUGCAAGAAUACUUGAAAAUUCCGAUGAAAGUCGAAUGUUUUUUCGAAAAUUAUCAGUGUUGCCUUUACUUCCUGCUAAUGAUAUCGAAACUGCGUUUUACUGGAUUGUCAGUACAGCUAGACCAGAGCUAAUUUUGUUAUUUAAGUCUUUUUUAAAAUAUUUUCAUAACCAAUGGAUUAGAAGAAUAAGGCCAGAACUAUACUCUAUUUUUAUGAUAAUCUUUCGCACGAAUAAUUUUUCCGAGGCCUAUAAUAAAGUAUUAGUUUUAAGGUUUGGAAUCCAUCCAAACAUCUGGGAUUUUACAGAGAAAAUUGUAAUAUUACAAGAGUUGAAACGCAUUGAGUAUGAGUCAUUACUAAUGGGUAAUCCAGUAACACAAGAAUUGCGGAGAAAUUAUAUUUUAAAAAAUCUUAUUAUUCAACGUGCUUGGUUUCUAUACCAAAAUCAUCAAUUUGGUAUUUCCCAAUUUCUGAAUUGUAUAAGUUACUUUGUUGAUGCACUUAAAAACGCAAUACCGGCGAAUAUUGAACAAGUGGAUGAGUUUAUACCUGAACUAGAUGAUCCUGUUGAAAUUGAAUUCACAGUCGGAGAACAUAUCACAAAUUGUAUCAUUUGUUUACAAAAUAUUACAAACAAUAUUUGUUUACCAUGCCAUCAUUGGUUGGGGUGUUCUCCUUGUGUAAAAAUUCUAACUCGAGAAGAAAAUACUGACUUGCGAUGUUCAAGAUGUGCUGGUAUCGUAAAUUCAUUCGUGGAAAUAUUUAAAAGCCAUUUUUAGACGGUGCCAAUUUUAUUACGCGCUAAUUCUUUUUAAUUAUUUAACUUAAUUACAUCAAGUGAUAUCAUAACUCAGUUUAAAUCUUAAUUAUUUGCAACUGAAUAAAGUUACUAUUAUUGUGUAAUGAAAAAAAUUAUUAAUAAAGGAAAAGAAAAAUUA